AUGUCAUUCCCUCAAAAAGAGAUCUCAUCACUUUCUUUAUCUCUUUCUUCUUCUUCUUCUUCUUCUUCUUCUUCUUCUUUUUUCGUUAUUACUAUUGUUAAUUUCUUUCUUCUUGUCUACCAUGUUUUUCUCGUUCUGCAUUAUAUUCUUCUCACAUAUAUUACUAUUUCCUUCUUCACCAUCUUUUUUGCUAUCUUCAUCUUCUUCUCCUUCUAUAUCUCCUUUUUUCUUCUCACUUUUAUUAUUAUUAUUAUUAUUGUCUUUCUUCGCUGUCUUCUCCGUCUCCGUAUUUUUUUCCUCCAUUAUUUUAUUAUACGUCUAUUUUAUCUUAUUGUCCUUCUUCACCAUUCUUAUUAUUAUUAUUAUCUACCUUCUACCUUCUUCUUCUUCUUCUUCUUCUUUUUUAUUAUUAUUAUUAUUAUUAUUAUUAUUAUUAUUGUCCAUCUUCUUAUCUUCUUCUUGGCUACCUUCUUCUUUCUUAUCUCCUUUUUCUUAUUAUUAUUAUUAUUGUCUUUCUUCGCUAUUUCUCCUCCGUCUUCUUCUUUACUAACUUUCUCUUCUCCUCCUACGUGUCUUUUUUCUCCUCACUACAACUAUUAUUAUUAUUAUCAUUAUUAUUGUUUUGUUGUUGUUGUCUUUCUUCACCGUUUUCUUCUUGACUACGUUCAUCUUUUCCGUCUACAUCUCCUUUUUCUUCUAACUAUUAUUAUUAAUACUAUAAUUAUUAUUAUCCUUCUCAGCCGCCUUCUUCUUGUCUACCUUCGUCUUCUUUUUCUACGUCUCCUUUUCUUCUCACUAUUAUUAUUAUUAUUAGAUGUAGUUGUAGUAAUAGUAGUAUCUUUCUUUGACAUUUUCUUUCUGAUUGCCUUAUCAUGUCUCUUCCUUUUCUUUCUCACUAUUUUCUUCCUUCUCGUAGUCCAGUUUGUAAUUAUAGAGCUUCGUACAAUGAUCAUUAUUUCUUCUUUCGGCUUCAUGACGGCGGCCAUCUUUGUUGUCAUUCUUUAUUGUUUCUUUCGAUUCUCGUCUGCAUUCGGCAAAUAUUUUCUUUUCUUUUUUUUUUUUCUUCCUUCCAUUUCAGAUCUACUGGAACCGUUCCAUUACCUCCAUCGCUGGAAGGUGGCCAUCAACUUCGAUGCUUUAAAAGGUGUCGUCUGA